AGACGAAAAAUUUGAGAGCUAGAAAGGUAGCUCUCGUAUUUUGUCAACGAGAAGAAAAAUCAACGCUUAAAUGACGCAUUUUGAGGGAUAUUCAUCAAAUUAUGAGGAAUUGACUUCACAUCGUUUCGAAGAUGGCAAGUGGAAAUGAUGAUGAACUUGGGCCAGCAGUGUUUGAUUCAGCGGCUUCAGGUGAUGUUCAAAGGCUGCGGUCACUGUUGCGUUUCAAGAGAGCUACCAGGGUAAAGGAUUCUUUGUCAUGGAGAGAUCCGUUCAACCGUACACCGCUUUUAGCUGCUGCUGCUGCCGGCCAUACUGACAUGGUGCGAGUCCUUGUAGAAGAAUAUGGAACAAAUAUUGAAGAAUCUAAAUUCAAUAACUAUGCCAAUGAGGAGCUUACUCCUUUGGUGUAUGCUGCCAACGUUGGGCACCACAAGACGGUCGAAGUUCUCUUGAAGAACCGUGCAAGGGUGGACCAUGCUUUUCCUCUGCACAGAGCUUGUUUUGCAAGUUCCGCUGGGAAUCUGAAAUGUGUCAAGCUACUCAUGGCACACGGGGCUGAUGUGAACAGGAAGUAUGUCGGCAGUCUGGAAGAUGGGGAAAUGAUGGACGGGAGCACGCCUCUUGCCGUUGCAAGUGAACAUAUGUGCACUAACAUUGUGGAGUAUCUUUUACAGAAUAGAGCUGAUCCGAAUAUCCCGGACAAGCAAGGGAAUCGGCCGAUGCAUUCCGCAUUCAAUGCUAUGUGGCAUCAGCAUUCGGAGCAGAGAUGCAGAGGGGGUUGUGUUAAAGACGGUGAAAGAAUCAUCAAGAUUCUUGUCCAGCAAGGGGCAAGGCAGAUUCAAAAUGAAAUGGAAUUGACUCCUGUCAUGAUCGGAGCAUUGACUGGAAACCUUCUUGUGGUCUUAGACAGUACAGGAAUCAUGAGUAAUCUUUCACAUGAGGAAACAAAGGAAGCCCUUGAACUGAUGGCAUCGCACUUCUUCCUAACGGAGAGACACCAGAUAGGAUUGGAGACCCUGGCCAAGGCUCUUGCUUCACCAUGUAAGAAACCCAAUGGUCUACAUGCACCUGAAGGAGAAUCUCCAUAUGGUGACUUCUGCGAGCCUGUGACACUAAAGGAUCUAGACAGGAUCAGAUCCAAUGAAACCAACCUUCAAGUGAUCUCACUGAUGAUACGUGAAAGAAUUCUGUCUAAGGAAGCUCAGAAGUAUUAUCUUUGGCAGGCCAUAAGGGACUUUGUAGACCGCUGUAGACCCACCCCGGAAGGUAAAAGCUUGGCACUUCUGGCACUGCGACAUGAAACAAAUCUUGAGAUGGAGUCUGGGUUCUUCUGUGGAUUUGCUGUUGAAAGUAUGAUUAGGCUCCUGGAUCCUACUCAAGUCAACCUUGCAGACAGUAACCUGGAGGAGAUUGUGGUUCUUCUAAAAUUAGCAGCAAUUAAUUUAUCCCCAGAUGUGAGUGAAAUGACACUUGAAAAACGAAGAGAAGCUGUGCAAUACCACAGGUUCAAGUCAACUAAUAUCUUACUACUGCUAGGUGUCUAUGCGAACUACCCUCAGCUGAGUAGCGAAGACAAGGAACUUCUCUUCACCUUGGUGCAACAGUUCGUCUUCGCAUAUCAAAUGACGAUAGAUGUUGUGCACAAACUGCAUGCGGCUUCUGCUCAAGGAGGAAUGGAGGAUGUUGCUGCUGUGAGAAGCACCAAUCAGAAUACAGGAAUGUCCAUCUUUCAUUUAUACUACCCAGUAGUAGCCCGUCGAAGGCCAACAGAGGAAGAAAACAUCAAGGAGCGCAUGGUGAUCAUGCUGCUCAAGUCUGGUGCAGACCCAUGUCUUGUUGAUAUCGACGGGUACAACGCUCUUCACUUCCUGGUAAAGAGAUGUCCAGCUUCUAAGCAGACAGAAACAUUCCGGAACAACAUUGUGGUCCCGUUAACAGAAUGGGGUUGCCCAAUUCUUAAGAGGAACUCUGAAACAGGUCGAAGUGUUAUAGAGGACUGUACCAACCCGGACACCAAGCAACUCCUGAUAGACCUAUCCUUGCCACCACUCUUGAAUCUAUGCUGCCGAGUGAUCCGCAAGAAUAAGAUUCCUUACCAAUCAAGUGUUCCCGUUACCCUUGCAGCUACUCUAGACAUGAAUGUGUGAUUGAUCAAAAUAUACACUAACAUCAAAAGUAAUGAAAGUUGAUCGUGCCAUUGUAUAAUCUUUGAAAGACUAAGUAUUCCAUUUCAUACUGAAAUAUUUCCUAUAUUCGAAGCAGAUUUUUAAGAUUAAUAGGUUUCAUUCAUAGUACAUUACAACAGGUGUUCUAAAUUCAUAAAGUGUGGUCUACAAACUUAUCUUGCUUUUUAUGACAAAUAUGUUUUAGCAUAUUAGCUAUUUAGAACAAUAUACACUAACAUCAAAAGUAAUGAAAGUUGAUCGUGCCAUUGUUAUAUUACAUAGGUUAUGUAGAUUUGAAUCAGUGAUAGGUCAAUACGCCAUCACGUGACCAUAGCUGCGAGGAUCGCAUUUGCUAUAUUCUGGGUUUUGACGUCACCUCAGUGAAUAUAACUGCGUUGUAUUGUCAAUUGCGGCGUUAUAUUCACUUGGGUGCCGUCACUCGCUGCUUACAAGUUGGGUAAUCAGGUAGUUUAUUUGAUGUACAUGUACGUGCUAGUGUUAACGCGUCGAUUGAAUGAAGAACGCGUUUGAUGUAUUUUCCAAAAUAUUGCUAUUAUGACGUAGAUGGAUCAGAGCUGCAGAAAGAAUUUCGGGUUAAUCAGAUAGCGGGAAUGAUGAUAAAUGCAAUCUCUGAUGGCGAAUCCACAUAGACUAUAUAAUAUAACAGAUAUUGCCUGGUCUAUCUUUUUAAUAAAUAACAUUUCAACUCCCCUCCGAAGCUAUAUUUUUCCCUCGGGAGAAUAUUUUCCCUAAGCGCUGCGCGCUUCAGGCAAAAUAUAGUCCCUUGGGAAAUAUAUAACUCCGGGGAGAGGAAAUGUUAUAUUCAAACUCUAGGUAGGCAAUAUCUGUAUACUAUUCAUUAAUGUAUUGACCACUUGUUAAGCGAUUUAUGAUAGAUGAUUCUUACUACAUUUGUGUACUGUACAUGAAUUGUUAAAGCAUGUCUUUAGCUUUGAUAAAGGGUCAAUAAUGUGGAUUAUACUGAAAUAUAAUCUGAUAUUCCAUUCUUAAAAACUUGUAGUAACGGUUGAUCUUUUUUUCAAAGUUGAAAAAAAGAUCUCUGUGAAAAUUUCAAACCAAAAUAUAUCUUGAGCACCCUGUUACUUCAGUUCAUGUCAAUUCCUUAUUUGUUCCCCCUCAUGGUACAUGUAGCUACAUACAGGUAAAUUGUCACUUGGAUCCAGUAACACAAAGGUUAGCAAUUAAUCGUACGCUUGAUUUUUACAAAUUGAUUGUACAUUGUAAUCAAUGCAAUCAACCGUAGAAAAAUGUUCUACGAUCAUUGCUAAGCUUUGUAUUGCGGGCCCUUGGUCUAUACAAUGCUUUGUCUAUUUUCCGUCCGCUGUCAUCCAACAUAGUCUAAUCCUACUUUGUCUCCCAACUAGUUGGUCUACUAACCAAUUUGGCCUAACACCAUUCAGUCUAUGGGGUUGUUUUUAACUCAGGUUUGAUUUAAAAUCUGGCUUAAAGUUGUGGUUUAACUAUGAAUGGCCAAUGGUAACACAAUUCUCCUGACGGCAAGAUCAAGUUAUCAGAUUAAUUGACACUCGAGUCAUCUAUAACUGUCUGGGAAAUAGUUUUUUCUUCACCAUACAGCGUUAGGAAAGAACAAAAUAGACAUUUGAUAUUUUGAUUGCUUUCUAUUAAUUUAAGCAUAGAGCAAUAGGUCAUGGCUUAUUGGACUUGAGCAUAUUGGCUUUCAAUCUUGGACAAGUUGCAAAAUAAUUUGCAGACGAAGUGGAAAUUUAAUAUGACCAUCUGGGCAUUUUAGAGUAAGUUGGUAUUAGACCAAAUUGAUAGUGGUAUAAGAUUAUAAGACUAUAGGAGCAUAGGUAGACCAUGUGUAUAUAAACUUGAAGGUACAUACCAGGGGCCGCGGAACGGUUUUCAAAGUGGGGGGGCUGACCAUGCAAAAAAUCACAAUCAUAUGGUCAUUUUUACGUUUUUGUACACGGUUUUGGAAAAAAGUGGGGGGGGCUGAAGCCCCCCCAACCCCCCCGCUUCCGCGGCCCCUGCAUACCUUUGAUCGAAUCUCGACUAUUAUUCACAUUGUCUCGUUUAGAAAUUAUCUUUCAUCUUGUGAGAAGAGUGUAGUAUUCUAAUGUACAUAGUAAAAUGGUCUUUAGUUCAGUCGUCUUUCAUUCAAUGGUGCUGGUGUUCCUAUCUCGUACAAUAGUAGUAACAAAUUCAUUGACAGUUAUGCUGCUUUUUAAAGUAAAGAAGGAAUUCGUGCUUUUCAUUGUGUGUUCAUCCAUAGAAAACAGUAUGUCAGUAGAUGAUUUACCUUUUUGUAUCAUGAGGAAUACCAUGAAAAAUUCUUUGAUUGUAUAUCAAUUUCCUGUUAGAUUUGUAAAAACUUAAUCGGCAUGAUAUUGAGCAAUGCCACUUUUGAAAUGAACGCAGGAAUUCAUACUUGUUGAAAUUUUCCAUCCAUAGAAAACACAAUUUUGAGGGUACUGUUUAUUAUUUUUCAUCUUAUCUAGAUUGAAAUGUAGUCGAUAGGUAAAGCUUAUAUGUACAUAUACAUGUAGGUAAAUUUAUUGAAACAACGUAUUGUGUGUAAACUAUGGGAAAUGAAAAAUGUGAGCAAAAUGUUGAAAGUUUCGGUUUUUCAAAAUAUACUGCCAGAUUUGCAUAUCAGAUCUUAGGCAUGCAAAAGGUAGUCCGUCUUUAAGAUUCUAGAUGUUGGAUUUCAAUUAUUAAAGAAUAGGAUUUCUUUACAUGUCGACAAA